AAAGCUGUCGCACCCGGCCGGCAAUGGGUCUCGUCGUCUCCGCCACCGCGUCCUGCAGCGAUAUCUUCUUCAGCCGACGCCGCUCCUCAAGUCCGCCUCCCCCAGCCGCGGCUAGCACUCCCCCGCCCACGUACACAAUACCGGAGCCGGCCCUCGUCCGCGUGUUCCGCCACUUCGACGCGGACGGCGACGGCCGCAUCUCGGCGGACGAGAUGCGCGAGUUGUGCGGGUGCACAGCCGUGGAGGCAGACGAGAUGGUAGCUGUCGCGGACCGCGAUGGAGAUGGGUUCAUCAGCCUCGAGGAGCUCGAGGCGCUGUUUGAGGACGGCGACCGGUCAGACACGUUGCGCGCUGCGUUCGCCGAGUACGACGAGAACGGCGACGGCGUGAUCACCGCGGAGGAGCUGCGCCGCGCUCUGUGGAGGCUGGGGAUCGUCGGGGAGGAGAUGACGGCCGAGCGGUGCGCAGAGAUGAUCGCGGUGGUGGACAUAGACGGCGACGGGGUGGUCUGCUUCGACGAGUUCAAGGCCAUGAUGGACACGGCGGCGGCGUCAUGAACCAUACGCGCCCGGCGCUCUGCACCACACGUGUACGUGUACGUCUGAUAUUGUUCGUCGACAUGAUAACACCCUAAUUAGCAGUAAACCCAUUAGUUUUAGGGUUUCACGUUCUAGUCUAGUUCGAGAUUGGUUUGUGAUCGGAUUAAAGUUUUGCGUUGUGGCGCCGUGUGCAA